CUCCCAAAGUGAAGCCCACCCCUCAUCUAAGUAAGCCUGGCCGCCCCUCGCUGCUCUUCACAUCACUGAUGGCACUUUUCCUGCUGUUGGCCAUUGCAUUCUUGGCUGCUUUUAUCUUUUAUUUUCAAAAAUACUCUCAACUUUUUGAAGAAAAAAAAGCUAUAAGAGAUCUAACUCACAAAGAAUUGAAUUGCACAAAAGACAAUCCACCAAUGGAUGACAAAGUCUGGAUCUGUUGCCCAAAGGAUUGGAAGCCAUUUAGUUCCCACUGCUACUUCACUGUGAGUGACUCAGCAUCUUGGAGUGGGAGUGAGGAGAACUGCUCCAGCAUGGGUGCUCAUCUGAUGGUGAUCCACAGCCAGGAAGAACAGGAUUUCAUCACCAAGAUCCUGGAUCCUAAAGCUGCUUAUUAUAUUGGGCUUUCAGAUCCAGGUCACCGACAGUGGUGCUGGGUUGAUCAGACACCAUACAAUGAAAGUGCCACGUGAGUCCAGAAUUACCUAGAGGAGUCCUGGGUCCUGUAGCAUGAGAAGACUUUAGGGUGUUCCAGCUGUUGGUUAUGAAACUAAAACAGCUCACUCAUGGUGUGACUGUUGGGGGUGGAGUUACU